UCAACGUAAUGCUCCCAGAGUCCGUGCGGUGCGAUUACAGAGAGCGUCAGUGGCGAAGAUGUGCUUGUUCGCCUCUUGCUGGACGCACACAGGCGAUGAAGAUAAUUUGACUUUGGAAUCCCCGCACAAAGCAACCCUAACCCAGCACCUUUUUCUUUCUGAUUGCGUCUCCGCAAGUUGAGGCUUUUUUCCCCUUUAAUUUCCUCCUUCUCCAAAAAAUAACCUGUUAGUUAAUUGAGUUUUUUUCCAAAUUAUAUUGAGUUUAGGCAGUUGAAGCCUUCUGUUGUUAAAUGCUCCGUUCGUGAACGCCUCUGACUCAGCAUCACACACUCACACACGCACGCACACACUCGAGCACGCGCGCGCACACACACCUGGGCUUCAUUCACCCCUCAGCAUCCUUUUGAGAGGCAGCAAGGCGCGGAGCAGAGGAGAGUGCACAGCUCUCUCCGAGACAAUCACAGGGCUCAUUGCUGCUCCAAAAGUGGGGCAAAAAAAGAAAAAAAAAAGUAACGAGGAGAAAUUAAAAGUACGAGACUCAGGGCUGCCUGCUUGGAGACAAAUGUUUAACAUCACCCUAAACGCUCUGAAGAGAACCCCAGGAAGGCACUGGUGUGAGGAAGAAGAGAAAGCAUAGCUGUGGAGGGGAUUGAACGGAGCAGGGCAUGUGGAUAUUGGCUUUUACCUUGUUCCAGAGCAUCUUGAAUGUUUUCAGUGAGGACCUACAUUCCAGCUUAUAUUUUGUCAAUGCAUCGCUUCAAGAGGUAGUAUUCGCCAGCACCACAGGGACCUCAGUGCCCUGUCCUGCUGGGGGCGCAGCCCCCGCCUCACUGCGCUGGUACCUGGCCACCGGUGAGGAGAUUUAUGACGUCCCCGGCAUCCGCCAUGUUCACCCCAACGGAACGCUCCAGAUCUUCAACUUCCUGCCAUCCAGCUUCAGCAAGCUGAUCCACGACAACACGUACUACUGUACUGCCGAAAACCCCUCGGGCAAGAUUCGGAGUCAGGAUGUCCACAUUAAAGCUGUUUCACGGGAACCCUACACGGUCAGAGUGGCUGACCAGAAGGCUAUGCGAGGCAGCGUAGCCAUCUUCAAGUGCAUUAUCCCUGCUUCUGUCGAGUCCUACGUCAGUGUUGUAUCAUGGGAGAAAGACACGGUCUCGCUCAGCUCAGGACAAAGAUAUCUCAUCACGCCUACAGGAGCCUUGUACAUUUUGGACGUCCUGCCUGAGGAUGGGCUGAAUAACUACCGUUGCACCACACGUCACCGCUACACUGGGGAGACUCGACAGAGCAACAGUGCACGUCUCAUUGUGUCAGACCCCACCAACGCCGAGCCAGGCAUCUUGGACGGCUUCGACCACCGCGACGUGAUGAUUAAUCAUCGGGUGGAGCUGCCCUGCAAGGCAUCCGGCUACCCGUUCCCCAAGUACCGCUGGCUCAAGGACAACAGCCCGCUGGAGCCAGAUAGUCGCUUCCGCCAGACCAUCACGGGCUUACUGAUAGAGAGCACGCAGCCGAGUGACUCUGGGACAUAUGUUUGUGAAGUUUGGAACAGCUACGGCAACGCCGAGGUCAUGGGCCGCCUGCAUGUCAGACAACCUUUGAAGGCGAUGGUCAGCCCACGGAAGGUGAAAGGCAGCGUGGGCAGCAAGGUGUCUCUUUCAUGUAGCGUGAGCGGCUCCGACGAGUACGAGUUGUCGUGGUACCGUAACGGAGAGAUCAUUUACCCCGGCAACAACGUCCGUUUCACCGGUCUCAACCGGGAGAAUCUCAUCAUGGAAGGAAUGUCAAAGAGUGAUGGUGGGGCCUAUCAGUGCUUUGCCAGGAAGGGCAAAAUGUCUGCUCAGGACUUUGUGCAAGUCAUCCUUGAAGAUGGUACGCCAAAGAUCCUCGCCUCCUUCAGCGAAAAGGUGGUGAACCCGAAUGAGCCCGUCUUCCUGGUAUGCAACGUCAGGGGCACGCCGCCGCCUCGGUGCAUGUGGUCUCUGGACGACGACCCAGUCAUUAAAGACAGCCACCAUCACCUGGGACACUCUGAGACCCACGAGGGCCACGUGGUCAGCCAGCUCAACGUGACGCACACGCAGGUGCAGGACGGCGGUGUGUACCGGUGCACGUGCAGCAACUCGGCUGGCCUCGUGUACCACCAGGCUCGAAUAAACGUAAGAGGCCGUGCCAGCAUCCGUUCGAUGAAAAACGUCACCGCCAUCGCUGGACGGGAUGCCUUCAUUCACUGCCGUGUGAUUGGCUAUCCUUACUAUUCUAUCAAGUGGUACAAGAACUCAGCUUUGUUGCCAUUCAAUCAUCGACAGCGGGCCUUCGAAAACAACGGCACGCUGAGGCUCACCAAUGUGCAGCAGGUAGACGCCGGAGAGUAUAACUGCAAAGUGAUGGUCCAACCCAACAAGAUGGACUCCCAAAGUGUUCACCUCCGUGUGAGAGUCCCUCCCUACAUUCAGCCCUUUGAGUUUCAGCGAUUCACCAUCGGUCAGCGCGUCUUCAUCCCUUGCGUGGUCAUGUCAGGUGACCGGCCUCUGGACAUUACCUGGCAAAAAGAUGGACGACCUAUCCCGACUAGCCUGGGUGUGACUGUGGAUAACAUUGAUUUCACCAGCUCACUGAGAAUCUCCAAUCUGACGCCUGACCACAAUGGCAACUAUACGUGCAUUGCCCGCAAUGAAGCGGCCGCUGUGGAGCAUCAGAGUCAGCUAAUUGUUCGAGUUCCUCCUCAGUUUGUGGUUCAACCCGAGGACCAAGAUGGGAUCUAUGGGAAAACUGUCACUCUCAACUGCUCUGCUGAAGGAUACCCACCACCCACCAUUGUAUGGGAGCACUCUAAAGGUGCAGGCGUCCCCCUGUUUCAGCCCAUCCUCCUGAACAGCGGCUCUCGCAUCCAGCAGCUGAGUAAUGGUUCUUUGCUGAUCAAACACGUGCUGGAGGACGACAACGGCUUUUACCUGUGUAAGGUCAGCAACGAUGUGGGCGCUGACGUCAGCAAGUCCAUGUACCUCACUGUCAAAAUCCCGGCGAUGAUCACAUCCUAUCCCAACACCACCUUGGCCACACAGGGGGAGGAGAAGAAGAUGAGUUGCAUCGCACAUGGAGAGAAGCCCAUCAUGGUGCGCUGGGACAAAGAAGAACGCAUCAUCAACCCCGAGACCAGCCGAUACAUAGUCACCGUCAAGGAGGUGGCCGACGAAGUCAUCUCAACGCUGGUGAUUAUGCCCACCGUGCGCGAGGACUCUGGUUUCUUCUCCUGCCACGCCAUCAACUCCUUUGGAGAAGAUCGAGGAAUCAUACAGCUUACUGUGCAAGAGCCUCCUGACCCUCCUGAGGUGGAGAUCCGGGAAGUCAAAGACAGGACCAUCGCUCUUCGCUGGACUAUGGGCUUUGAUGGAAACAGCCCCAUUAUAGGAUAUGACAUAGAAUGCAAGAACAAAUCAGCUUCAUGGCUUUCAGCCCAAGUGACCAAAGAUGUGUCACCGCAGCUCAACCAGGCCACCAUCAUUGACCUCCACCCUUCUUCCACUUACAACAUCCGCAUGGUUGCCAAGAACGUCAUCGGCAACAGCAACCCGAGCAACGAACUCACCAUCACCACUGAUGAAGCCGCUCCUGAUGGUCCUCCACAAGAUGUUAUUCUGGAGCCCACCUCCCCACAGAGCAUCAAAGUUUCCUGGAAGCCUCCCCACAAGCACUUGCAGAACGGCGUGAUCCGAGGCUACCAGGUAGGCUACAGGGAGUACAGCCCCGGUGGAAGCCACCAGUUCACCAUCAUCAGCGUGGACACCACAGGAGACACAAUGGAGAGCAUUGUGCUGGACAACCUAAAGAAGUUCACACAGUACAGCGUGGUUGUCCAAGCGGCUAACCGGGCCGGGACUGGUCCGUCCUCGCAGCAGGUGGUCACCAAAACCUUGGAGGACGUGAUUAAGUACAGUUAACCCCCUACACGGAACAUCUCACACUGUCACUCUCCUGAAAAUGUGCUGGCUGUGGCCAAGUCCCCCGAUGUUACCUCUCUCUCCUGGAUUCAGCUUCCGAGAGAGGCUCUCAAUGGAAACCUGCAGGGCUACAGAGUCAUCUACUGGGCAAAUCUGCCUGACGGAGAACUCGGAGAAAUCAGGAACAUAACCACCAGUCAGCCAUCUCUGGAACUGGGUAGUCUGGAGAAGUACACUAACUACAGCAUUCAGGUGUUGGCCUUCACUAAUGCUGGAGAUGGCGUUCGCAGUGAGCAGAUCUACGUGCGGACCAAAGAGGAUGUUCCUGGUCCCCCUGCAGGUGUGAAGGCUGCUGCCUCAAGCAGCUCUGUGGUGUAUGUUUCCUGGAUGCCACCUCUCAAACUCAACGGCAUCAUUCGGAAGUACAUCGUCUUCUGCUCAAACCUGCAUCCGAUGGUGAUGAGUGAGUUUGAGGCCUCUCCCGACGUAUAUUUCUACAGGAUCACAAAUUUGGCUCGGAACAGGCAGUACAGCAUCUGGGUGGUGGCUGUGACUGCCGCCGGUCAUGGCAACAACAGUGAGAAGAUCACAGUGGAGCCUCUGCCUAAAGCUCCAGCCAGAAUUUUAACCUUUAAUGGUACGGUGACCACUCCUUGGAUGAAGGACAUUGUUCUGCCGUGCAAAUAUGUUGGGGACCCUUCUCCAACGAUUAAGUGGCUCAAAGGAAACACCAAUGGGACACCUGCGCCUGUCCUGGUGGAUGGCCGACGGAGCGUCCACACCAACGGUAGCUUCAUCAUCCGCACAGUCAAAGCAGAGGAUUCCGGCAAUUACAGCUGUGUGGCCAGCAACAACUGGGGCUCAGAUGAGAUCACGCUUAACCUGCAGGUUCAAGUGCCUCCUGAUCAGCCACGUCUCACAGUGACCAAGACCACCACAACUUCCAUCACGUUGUCAUGGAUACCAGGAGACAAUGGCGGAAGCUCCAUCAGAGGCUACAUCCUGCAGUACUCAGAGGAUAACAGCGAGCAGUGGGGCAGUUUUCCCAUCAGUCCCAGCGAGCGUUUGUACCGUCUGGAGAAUUUAAAGUGUGGCACCUGGUAUAAAUUCACCUUGACCGCCCAGAACGCUGUUGGGCCAGGCCGAAUUAGUGAGAUCAUUGAAGCUAAAACACACGGGAAAGAACCGCAGUUUGCCAAAGAACAUGAACUCUUCACCAGCAUCAACUCUUCCCGCGCCAGACUUAAUCUGGUUGGCGGAUAGACUCCAACACACCCAUCUACAAUUCCAUAUAACCCGAAAGUGAACAGUCUUAUUUUUCUCAAAUUUAAAAAACGAAUAGACCUAAUUUUUUUAAGAAUGAUUUGGUCUAUGGCACAAUUCCACAAAAAGAAACAACAAAAAAAAAAAAAGCCAUUUUUUUUUGUUUUUUUUAAAUGCAUCUAAAUCUGUUUCUUUCAAGGUACCAUUCCUCCCCUGCUGAAAACAGGCGAUCCCAUCUCAGAUAACAUGUCGGGCAGCGGAGGUCUGAAGAUGGUGGUGACCAUCACGUCUAUCCUGGUGGUGGCCGCCCUGGUUUUCAUCAUGCUUAUGGUGCUAAAGCGGAGACGCAGGGAGCAGAGGCUCAAAAGACUCCGAGAUGCCAAAAGCCUGGCAGAAAUGCUCAUGAGUAAGAACACGCGGACGCCAGAAAACGUGAACAAGCAGCAACAGACGCUAAGAAUGCACAUCGAUAUUCCGAGAGCGCAGCUGCUCAUCGAAGAGAGGGACACCAUGGAGACAAUCGAUGACCGAUCCACGGUGUUGCUGACCGAUAACGACUUUGGCGACACAAACAAGCAGAAGUCGUCCACGGUGACGCAUACAGUCCACUACCAGUCUCUCUCCCAGUCCACUGGACCACUGGUGGACGUGUCCGAUGCCAGGCCCGGAACCAGUGAGUCCCACCAUUAUCCCACCGCCAGACGCACUGCCAAAGCCGGUCCUGCCGCCGCACGGAGCCGAUACGCCAGCCAGUGGACUCUCAACAGGCCACACCCCACCAGCUCUUCACACACGCUAACUACGGAUUGGAGACUCCCCACGCCACGCGCUACCGGAUCUGUGGACAAGGAGAGCGACAGCUACAGUGUCAGCCCAUCACAGGACACAGAUCGAGCGCGAAGCAGCAUGGUGUCGACCGAGAGCGCCUCCUCCACCUAUGAGGAGCUGGCCAGAGCCUACGAGCACGCCAAGAUGGAGGAGCAGCUCCGCCACGCAAAGUUCACCAUCACCGAGUGCUUCAUUUCCGACACCUCCUCCGAGCAGAUGACAGCAGGGACCAACGACUACACCGACAGCCUGACCUCCAGCACGCCAUCUGAGUCGGGCAUCUGUCGCUUCACCGCCUCGCCACCCAAGCCUCAGGAUGUCAGCCGCGUUAUGAAUAUGGCCGUGCCCAAAGCGCACAGACCCGGAGGAGAGCUGGUGCACUUGCCGCCUUACCUACGCAUGGACUUCCUUUUGAACCGCGGCGUGCCCCGAGGCGGCGGGGCGAGCAGCGGCGGCGGUGCAGGCGGAGGAGCGGGUCCCGGAGUGGGUGGAGGUUCCGCCGGUGCUACGGGAGAAACGAGAGGAGCUGCAGGAGGCGGAGCCAUGGGCCAGACCUGCCUGGAGCCCCAGAGGAGCCGUACCCUGAAGAGGCCCCCUCCGAUGGAGCCCACCCCCAUGGAAGUGCCCUCACCCAGGGAGGUGCAACAGUGGCAGUCGGGAACGGCGUCCACCCUCCCGCACAGGGAUGUCCGGGAACGGGGAGAGGCGAGGGGUGAGGUCCGAGCGGAAGUCCCGCCCACUGGGGAUCUGGCCCAAGCACAGGCUGCCAAGCUCAGCACCUCCCAGGAGUCCCUGCUGGACUCCAGAGGACACCUGAAACAAAGCAACAACCCCUAUGCCAAGUCAUACACUCUUGUAUAACACUGGGAUGACUCUGCAGACGCACUGCUGGAUGACGGGCACACCAAGGAUGGUUUUCCACAACACACUUUGUUGUAUAUAGAGCCGUAUCUGACAUGUGUCUGAUGGUGAUGCUUUUCUUUCUUUCUUUCUUUCUUCCCUUCUUUCUUUCUUUCUU